GGUCAAAGGGAUGCGUGCGCGCCUAAACAGAAUCGGUAACAAAAAACUACAGAUUUCAAAUUAGGUUGGACACCAUACGACCGUAGCCAUCCGUAUCACAUCUUCACGGAACUGAACAACUAUGGAUGAAUUGCUUAUUUUAAUUGUUUCCAAGGGAACGCUCUGAAGAGAAGAAAUGUCUGGGUAAAGUUCAGAUACACUCGGUUAUAUAUAUGAUUGUCUUUGCCUGCGCAAUAAUUACACUUUGAGAAGAGACUGAAACAAUCAUUCACCUGGACAAACCUGAGUUCAAUUCAAGCUUAUUUUACACCUGUGACCUGAUACUGGUCCGAUUUUGGAUGAGGAGAGUAUAUGCCAAAUUGAUAUAAUUAAAAUCAAACGAACGAUGACAAUUAAAACCGUGGAACUGUUUCAAACCGAAUUCAUCAUGCGAAUAUUUUAAAGACAAGGUAGGAGUUAAGGAAUACUGUAUCGGCUACUAGGCUUAUAAUAAGGGUUUUGUCGGGAUGAUGCGACUGCUAAACUACCUCUUGCUGGGCUACCUGACCUGGAAUCUACGGAUAUCAGACGCACAAGGGGAGUACUGCCAUGGGUGGCUGGACAGUAAUGGAAAUUACCACGAAGGCUUUCAAUGUCCGGAGGACUUUGACUCCAUGGACGCGACCGUGUGCUGCGGGUCUUGCUCCCUGCGGUACUGUUGCGCGGCUGUGGACGCACGGCUGGACCAGGGAAGCUGUACCAACGACCGAGAACUGAAUAACACGGAGUUUGCAGCGCAGCCUAUCUACGUGCCCUUCCUGAUGGUGGGCUCCAUCUUUGUGGCCUUCGUGGUGGUGGGCUCCCUGGUUGCCGUCUACUGUUGCACCUGCCUGCGGCCCAAACAGCCUACCCAGCAGGCUCUCCGCUUCACACUGCGCAACUGCCAGGGCGAGACCAUCCCCAUGAUCCUGACCACUGCGCCAGCCAGCCUGCGCACCCCCUCGCGCCAGUCCAGCACGGCCACCAGUUCCAGCUCAGCUGGCGGGAGCAGCUCGGUGCGCCGCUUUUCCCUCGGAGGUCAGGGGCAGCAGCACGGGUGCUUGGUGUCAGCGUCUGCACCAAGCACCCGUGUCUUCACCUCCCCCUCCACACCCCAGCCGCUACUCCCUCCACCCCCCUACACCUCCCCUGCAGCCUGCAUGCCAGACGGGCACCAGCACCCUCACUCCCAUGCCCAGCUGCAGCUGCACCAGCCCAUGCACCCACACCAACAGCCUCACCUGGCCCAGGGCACGGGCUUCCUGCUGCCCCAGCAGUACUUCUUCCCCCUACAGCCGGAGCCCUUCUCCGGGGCUAAGGGCUUUGCAGACUUUGGACAGAGCUGACGGGGCUUCCUUGGCAACGAGUAGGUGGAUUACAGGAGCACACUGUGGGACACACUGUGGGACGUGAGUAGGGUCAUGUUCAUUAAGCACUAAACAGAAGAAAACAGACUGAAACAACAGGAAGGGACUACCUGAACCUGCCCAGUAUGACUUUGUUUUAAAUCAGUGAACUGUACUGAACAUGACCUUGGUGUGUUUUGUGGACAGACACACAGUCAUCGGCUACCGGGAGGACUGCCCUGACAUGCACUGCAGUAGGCCUGUUGAAUGGAGACUGGGAGACAGGAGGCUGUGUUCAAGAUAAACCACAAGAAAGCUUCCUAGUCGAGCAGAGUACAUGAGAGUAUUGUCUCUCUAAAUUACAGGAAUGGACUUCUGCUCAGAACAGACAGGACUGUUUAUUGGUCAAUAUUGUUUUCAAUGUUAUGCACUUUUUUUAUAUAUACAUUUCUAUUGUAAACACUACUCCGUCUUCCCUUUCUUUUAUACACAAUUUGGUUAAAUGGUGAUGUUAAAUUGUCACUAACUUUUGUGGCAGCAACAUUAUUAAGAAGUGUUCUUGACAUUUUGUUGCGAGCUGCAGGACAUUUAAUCAAAUUAUCAUUUUGACAAUUGCAAAUCCCUAAAAGAGGGGAAGGACUGACACCAAGUUGUGCAGUAGGGUGAACAAAGCCAAAGGAUGUACUGUGUGUACAGUGCUCACUGGCUGGUUUGUUUUUAUUUAAUGAUAUUAGUCAACACCAGUAUCUAAUUAGUAUUCUAAUGACUAAUUCUAUGAUUGUGAGUACUUGUCAUGCAAUGCUACAACUAGAAGUACAUUUAAAAAAUAUAAAACACUCAAUAGUUGGUCAGUAUUUUCGAAAAUUAAACCUACUCUUUAAUAAUCCAAGAUUGAAUGGUUGAGAAUUGCUUAAUUGCUCACUUACGGAUACAUUUUGUACUAACUUGUGAAAAUGGCAACGGUUUCCUUUAUGCUGUUAGAGUCACAAUCCUGAGUUUGUGUUUCACCUUUUAGCCUCCAUAUUUGGUUUAUUAAUGUACUACUUAUUAUACUGAAGAGAGGGGAUGCAAAGAUAUUCACAAACAUGGAUGACACAUUGAAUACAUGUGACAGAGACUCUACAAGCCAAAAUGUUGUCUUUACAGAUAGCGGAGUCCCCCUUUUUCUCCAGCCUCAGACAUAUAGGCAACUGAAACUGUUCAUAAAGGCUACCUGUCAAACAAUCUUCACAUGAGGAAUGUGGCAACGAGAUCAGUCAUUGUCAAUGCUCAAUGAGCCUGUCAUGGCCACAGUGUUCAAAACAACUGGUCCCAGAAAUAGGGAAAAGUUUUGGGUUGGAUGAGCAGGUCUGGCAAGAAUCCAAAGACUUCUCUGUACCCUAGUCAUUUAAGUGUGAAAUAAACUUGGCAAUCACUGACCUAUUAUGGCAGAUUAGAUACAAUAGAUCAUAUAGUGGAUCAUGUUUGGCGCUAGACGGAGUCUUCCGAACAAAGGAAAAAUUACAGCAAUUCCCAGAGAUGACUGCCACGACAAUCUUUGGGUAUUGCUGUCCUUUUUUCUUUUUUGGAAGGCUCAAAAUCUACAAUGUUUACCCAGACAAGCAUCCUGUUCCAAUAGAAACCUUUGGUAGCACAUGCAUACUACUCCUUGGAGCUCUUUGUGCUAAAGUUGCACAGAUGUCAACACAAUUGAUUUUCUAUACAUUUGGUUAUGCUUGGACACUUCUGGUUUUUAAAAACACAUGAAAAAGUCAUCGUCUUUCAGAUACUGUCUUCUAGAUGGUUCUGUAUAAUACUGCUCUAAAUCUAUUUAGAACGCAAAGAAAAUACCUCACAGAUUGAAUUGUUUUUGAAGUUAUAUUGACAGUAAUCCAAGGACUCUUGUAUGAAUACUCUAGCAAGGGUACACCUAGUCAGGAAAAUAUGUAUUUCAUGAACUAACGACUAAAGAGAAACCAUCUAGGUUGGUUUUGUGACAUUGCGUCAAUCAGAGACAAAUUAUUGUAAUUAUAACGAAAAGGAUAUUCUACCACAGUAAACCUCAGAUCACCAGUCACCAGGGAGUACAACGUCACCAUAAUGACGACAUUUCUUUGUUUGUCACGCAUGGAAGGGAACUAUGUUUUCCGUCUUCCCUGCCUUUUCCUGUUUAGGUUCUCAUUGCUCUGCAGGUCCUGUUUGCUACCACACACACAGGCAUAUUAUUCGAUGGGGAAAACAACUAGCUGCCUCCCCUAAUUUUGGACGUUUACAAAGUCCGAAAUGAGGGAUGGCACCUUGUGCCCUACUUCCGACCAUAGUAGUACACUGUAUACAGGGUGCCGUUUGAGAUGCAGCAUAGAUAAUGUGAUGGUGGAAUAUUCCAUUUCUAUGACGGUAGGUCAGAGAUGAUGACAAAGGUUGGUUUCCUU